CUUCAUUCGGACACAGAAAGUGCAUUAGAGAAAUGGGCUUUCCACUGGCACUACCAAGCCGCUGCCAUCCUCCUCCCUUGGCCUCUCAUGGACUCCGUUCAAGCUCCAUUGAUUCUCCCAAGCUCGUUUUACGCAAGAGAUGUCUAUGUGAAUCUCGAAGAAGCUUAAAAGUUGUGGCUUACUAUGGUUUGACAACUCCUCCAUAUGAAUUUGAUGCUUUGGAACCAUAUAUGAGCAAGAGGACAUUGGAAGUGCAUUGGGGAAAACAUCACAGAGAAUAUGUAGAGGGCCUAAAUAAGCAGUUAGCCAAUAGUCCAGUAUUAUAUGGCUACACCCUGGAGGAACUGAUUAGAGCAACAUACAAUAAUGGAAAUCCAUUACCAGAGUUUAAUAAUGCUGCUCAGGUAUGGAACCAUGACUUCUUUUGGGAAUCAAUGCAACCUGGUGGAGGCAAAAUGCCUUCAGGAGGUUUGCUCGAGCAGAUUGUGAAGGAUUUUGGUUCGUAUGAUAAAUUUAGAGAUGAGUUUGUUGAGUCCGCCAAUUCGAUAUUUGGAUCUGGUUGGGUGUGGCUUGUCUUGAAGCCUGAGGAGAAGAAGCUUUCAAUAGUAAGAACAUCAAAUGCUGUCUGUCCACUUGUUUGGCGUGAUUUUCCAAUCACCGGUCUUGACUUGUGGGAGCAUGCAUAUUAUCUUGACUACAAGGAUGAUCAAGAAGAUUAUGUAAACACUUUCAUGAACCACCUGGUUUCCUGGCAUGCGGCCACUGCUCGCAUCCUACGUGCUCAAGCUUUUGUUAAUCUUGGAGAGCCAAAGAUUCCAGUGGCUUGAAAUGAUUCAAAACUUUUUUGUUUGUGAGAAUGUUUAGAUAGUCUGCCACUUAGCCAACUAAUGCUUCAGCAGGGAGUUUUCUUUUGUUAGUAUUAACUUUAUUGUAACAUUUCAAAACAGAGGCUUGAGAUGAGAUAUAAAAAAUGCACCGUGACGUUCUUUCUGCA